CUUUGAGUAAAAUAGUGAGAUUCUUUCUACAGGAGGUCUAUGUUUGAGUCAUAAUACCAUGGAAAUCUUAUUAUAUACUAUAAUUAUGACUUUAGGGUGUGUGUCUCAACUGCAAAAAGAAUCCUAUGAUGUGUGAACCAUUUUCUCACUUUUAUUCAUUCACUUCCCAGGACAUAGGAAGGUUUUAGGAAAGUUGGUCAGGCCUUGGCUACUGCUGAGGCCUUCAAGAAAGCCUGAAAUAGAAAUUGAAAGACCUUCUUUGAGCCCCACUUAGCCAAGUCACAGCAAAACAGUAAAAUGAAUCCACAGUCCACUGAAGUUCUAGGUUCUAAGAUGACAUAUGUGUGAUGUCACAGAAACCUCAAGCUUGACUAUUUAACAAGGAGCCUACAAUUGCCAGUGUUGGAAGCAGUGAGCAAACUUAGCCUGCAGUUUGUUUCCCUUGGCAAUCACUAUGCAGAGCAUUAAAAAUAUGAGAGAAUUUGAGAACUUUCUGAAGAAUGCUGGUUCCAAACUUGUUGUCGUUGACUUCUCAGCAAAAUGGUGUGGUCCAUGCAAAAGAAUUGGUCCUGUUGUUCAUGAAAUGGCUAUGCGAUAUGAAAACGUAGUAUUUGCCAAUGUGGAUGUGGAUGUUGCAGCGGAGGUGGCCUGUUCUUGUCAAGUCAAAGCCAUGCCCACAUUUCAGAUGUAUAAAGAAUCCCGAAAGGUGAAUGAGUACAUUGAGUGGGAGCAACCAGGUGGUUACUAGAAGAAAGAUCAAAGUCACCCACUGUCCCUCCAACAAAUGAAGGCCUGGAGCCAGCAGCAGAAGUAGCCAUGCCUUUUGAGAAGCCACUGAGGCUCCAGUCCCUGAAGAAUGUACCUACUUGACCAACCCAUCAGUGAUGUCCAAGAGCUGAGCAAAGGAGUGAUGAUGUAUCCAUUGGCUAUGCCAAUCCAAAAGCAGACUUGAUAGAGACUCAGAGAAGGGAGAAAGGAUUUACAGGGCCAGGAAGUGCCUCCACUAUUUGAGGGAGAUGUUUUGUAACCACCACUAUAAGUUUGAGUCCACUUUCCCCAGUAAUCUUCCAGUAUGGGGGCAUGCUUUUUAACCUCUA